AAUAUCAAGAAAUCUAGGCCUACAGGGCCUACACUGCCCUACAGUGUAACUGUAAGAGUUAGUGUAUAUGAAAAUGCAGAUGUUUCUGUACCUUGGAGUCUAUACAAGUGAACCAGAAACAUGUGCAACAGCUGGUAAAAAAUGUAGUUUUACAUCAAGCAUUUGGCUGUGCAAGAUGCAAUGAUAUGACUGUAAUGGAAAUUUAUUUUUUUAAACUGUCAUCUGUGACCUAACUCCAACCAUGCAGGCUGAUAAAAGGGACUACAACUCAACUCAGCGACUUUCAAGCUCCAAAAUGGGAUUCUGUGGUUCAAAGCUGAAUGCCAUGAGCGUCAAGGAUGGUGUAAUUCAGAAUGAGUGCUUUGUGGACGUCUUGAAUAUAAUCCCCCAUGCACUGCUUGCUCUUGUCUGUAUCUUCAUCCUUACAGUAUGGAACCACUCCGUUAUAGGGAAGUUGAAGGUAAAAACAUGGGUCCAUUACCAGUGGCACAGUUUCAGGUGGAUCUGCACCCUGUCACUUCUAACUACCAUCAUUGUUGAGAUAGCUGAAGGAUUCAUCAGUGACUUGAAUGACCCUGACUCCACAAACUAUCAUGCAUUUGUGCCGGCAUGCGUAGCAUUUCUUGGGGCCUUACUGAGCAUCAUAUUCUACCACAAUGUGGAGCAGUGGAACUCGCCGAGGUUCCUGCUUGUUCUGUUAAUUUACUGGCCGAUGGCUAUCGUUUUGAAAUGCUUGAAGGCGCUGUCCAUCUACAGGAAUGAUCUAACUCUGGAUCACCUUAAAGUUUGGCUGGCAUUGAUAGACAUCAUCUUCUACCUUAUGCUUUUUACGACAGAGCUCAAUGUGUUAAGGUGUCAGAGAUAUUCCUUCUUUAAAAAACACAGAAGAAUGAGGCCCCCAUCAGAUCUGGAAAACACCAAAUACUUACAGUCCUAUGUCAAUUUUUUGUCACAAGCUGUGUAUUGGUGGGUCACAGAUUUGCUGAUACAAGGCUUUAAACAUCCUCUUACCCUCAAAGAUUUGGGAAGAUUACCUCAGAGUGAAAAGUCAACUCGCAUGUAUAAAAAACUGCAAAUGAUAUUUGAAGAAGAAAAAUUCAAAGCAGCUCAGAAAAAAAGAAAGCCAUCUUUAAUGUACACCUUCCUGAGAGCAUCAUGGCCAAUGCUUCUUCUGUCUGGUCUGUUUCGUUUGAUUGGGGACUGUCUGGCUUUUGUUGGACCUUUGCUUAUAGAGAGAAUUGUUGAUUACGCAUCUGCAGUUGAUGAACAAAAGGCCAAUUUGGCUUUAGGGAAUGCCACAAAACCUGUGAAGAUGUACACCUUUGUAACCAUUAACCAGUUUUUUGAAAACGGUUAUGUCCUGUCCGUGGUCCUGUUCCUGUCCUCAGUCUUACAGCACACUUUGCUGCAGAACCACCACUUCCUUGUGAUACGAGAAGGUGUAAGAACCAGAACUGCUGUGCAGACAAUGGUUUACAGUAAAGCACUGAAACUCUCAACCCUAGAAAUGAAUAAUGGUCUAACAACAGUGGGACAAAUUAUGAAUCACAUGUCUAUAGAUUCUACCUUUCUUAUGUUUUUCUUUUUCUUUGUCCAUUACAUCUGGGCCAUUCCUAUUCAGAUUGGUCUUUCCUUGACAAUUAUGUAUUACAAGCUUGGCCUUGCUGCACUUGUUGGAGGUUUGUUUGUCAUAGCUGCUGGUCCAGUUAUGUACCUCCUUGGUGUUGCUAUGUCACGUAUGCAGAAAAAAAUAAUGGUGCACUCAGACAAACGAACAAAGAAGGUGAAUGAGAUGGUUCAAGGCAUUAAAGUAAUCAAGUUACUGUCUUGGGAAAAUGGGUUUAUUAACUCCAUACAACGAACGAGAAAUCUGGAACUUACCUACUUGCUUGCUAGUAAUAUUUUCAGAGCACUAAUGGGUUUUCUGGGCAUUUGUGCUCCAGUGAUUGGUACAUUGCUGACAUUCGUGUUGUACCCAGUAUUUGAAGAGAAGCCUCUCACAGCUGGAGCAACUAUGGCAGUACUGGCUGUUUUUAAUCUUCUACAAGGACCUCUCCAAAUCAUGUCGCUUCUUUCGGCUUCUAUUGCAAAUGCACUGGUCAGUGCUCAGAGGCUGCUUCCUUUUCUUUUAGCAACAGAGAUAGUACGGCCACACUCCUCUUUGCCAAGCUUUUCAAAGUCCUGCAGUGUCGGCCUAGACUCAUCAGCGCCUUCACAUGCAACUAUAGAAAAGCUGGACUCUGUGCUUUCUGUGGAUGGUAAAAGCCAGUCCCAUCAUGGGACAUUUGAACUCCUCCCAUUGGAUAAAGACCAUCGAUCCAGCCGUAACAGUAUUUCAUCCAAUACCAGUAUUAAAUACCUCACCCCAGGCAACACAGCAUAUGAGAACCACGGGGACUCAAAGUCAACAGUCAACAUUGGCUUACCUCUUAGCAGCAGUGGAGGUAGCAUGGUUGCAAACUUUCUUGAGCCGAAAAGAACAAAUCUGAGCCGCAAUGCCACCAGUUCCGAGCUAUUGGAUGUCAAACCCAACCCAGCUUUGAUCAGGAAAUCCAGUGCACCAGCGCUUGCUGUUUCGGAGAUAACUGGUGACUAUAAAAGACGACGACAUCAUAGUCAGAGAUCAGUUGAGGAAGAUGAUGCAGCUGUAGAAGAAUGCACAAUCAUGGAGCUUACCAACACAAUUGAAACACAGGGGGCAAAUUUUUCAUGGGAACUAAGUAAACAAGAAAUAACAUUAAAGGACAUAACUAUCAAAAUCCCUACAGGUAAAUUAACAAUGGUUGUUGGUCCAGUUGGCUCAGGCAAGUCAUCAUUGCUGUCAGCUAUGUUGGGGGAGAUGGCGCAAGUUUCAGGGAACAUUUUCAAAGCCAGAAAUGUCACAAUAGCAUAUGUGUCACAAAGACCAUGGCUGCUGAAUGCUUCUUUAAAAGACAACAUAUUGUUUGGAAAACCUUUUGUAUGGAGAAAGUACAAAAAGGUUCUUUCAUCAUGUGCUUUGAUGCCAGAUCUUGAGCAGUUACCUGCAGCAGAUAACACAGAAAUAGGAGAAAAGGGAGUUAAUUUAAGUGGAGGUCAAAAGCAGAGGAUAAGCAUUGCCAGAGCUUUGUAUGCCGAGGCUGAAACUGUCUUGUUGGAUGACCCCUUUUCUGCCCUUGAUUCUCAUGUGGGCAAACAUGUAAUGGAGGAGGCAGUACUAAAACGAUUAGUCAAGCGUAGCCGCACUGUUAUACUAGUAACUCACCAUCUGCAGUAUUUAACAUAUGCUCAUCAGGUCAUUGUAAUGGCCAAUGGUCACAUCCAUUAUCAAGGAAAAGUUGGCGAUGUAAAAAAAUUUGAUCCUGAUUUGUAUGAUGGAUGGAGGAAAGCUAUCAGAGAUGCUAAAGCAGCUGAGUUUAAUCAAAAAUUUGAAGGAGGAGAUUUGUUGCACUUGGAGAGAAAACACAGUGGAGGGAGUCAGGUUAGUCAUGAAACAGUACCGCGCCCUUCUUCUUCACAGUCACUUAGACGUAAUUCCCAACUUAGUGUUCCUGGUCUAGCUGGGGGCUUUCCUUCUGGUCGUAAAAUGUCAGCUAUGUCUGUCAUGACUGAAGCCAGCAAUGAAGAUGCAGGUGACAUAAGCCCACAUGAUGAUGAUGAUGACAUUGGAGCUAACAGGGCAUCAGCUGAGCAGAUAGAAGAGAAAGGGAAGCUGAUCAAGCAGGAGUUCAGGGAGACUGGUGCUGUGAACAUGUGGGUCUACCUCCGUUACUUCCAGUCCUGCUCGGUGUUCAUGUGCCUCGUCUCAGUCCUUCUGCAACUGGCCUACCAUUCGUUGAUUGUGACCUCCAACUUCUGGCUGUCAGUGUGGGCCAGUGACUCGAGUGUUUAUGCUAGAAAUGUUUCCCGCAUGAUGCUUACAUCUGGCAAUGUCACGCUGCACACUGAGUUUGACAACUCACCUUAUCUAAUGACAUACAUUUACCUGUCCAUUGGAUCUGUGCUGGCCACAUUGAUUGGCUGCCUGGUUAUUUAUCACACUGGAUAUGUAGGCUCCAAGAACCUCUUUGUCAACAUGCUUGUCACUGCCAUCCACUUCCCUAUGAGAUUUUUUGACACAAACCCAAGUGGUCGAGUGAUUAACAGAUUUUCUGCUGAUGUUAUUGCAGUGGAUCAGAGACUUGGAGGUAACAUAGAGAACUUGAUCCGCUGUGUUUUUUUCACCAUCUCAGCCAUUGUGGUCAAUGCCAUCACAUCUCCCUACUUCCUGUUUGCUGCUGUGCCCUUUUUCAUCAUAUACUACUGUUUGCAGAGGUUUUUCCGCUCCACAGCAAGAGAGCUCCAGCGGCUGGACAGUGUUACCAAGUCCCCAAUAUUCUCUCACUUCUCUGAGACUCUAGGAGGACUUGCAGUAAUAAGAGCUUUUGGUGUACAGACAGAUUUCAAGAGGAGAGCUUUUAAAGCCAUUGAUACAAAUGUUACUCCAUUUAUGUUCAUUCACACAACUAAUAGGUGGCUUGGUAUUCGUUUAGAUUUUAUGAGUUGCCUUCUAGUUUUUAUAUCAACCCUUGCUAGCCUGAGUUCAGGUCUGCAUGGAAUGUCUAACCCAGCAUUCAUUGGUCUAUGUAUUACAUAUGCUCUCAUGGUAUCAGGUCAACUAAACUGGAUUGUGCGUAUAUCUGCUGAGGUGGAGAUGGGUAUGAAUGCCGUUGAGAGGGUUCUAGAAUAUACAGAUUCUCAGGUGGAAGCAGGGGUAGCAUCUGAAGGUGCUGUAUCAGUUCCUGAGUCUUGGCCCAAUGCUGGCAAGAUAGAGUUUAAAGAUGUUACACUGAGCUAUUCAUUAGAUUCAGAGCCUGUCCUUCACACAGUAUCUUUUGUAAUAGAAGGUGGUCAGAAGGUUGGCAUUUGUGGCAGGACAGGUAGUGGUAAAUCCUCCAUGAUUCUGGCCCUGUUUCGUCUCCUGGAAAUAAACGAAGGCACUAUUCUAAUAGAUGGCCUUGACAUCACAAGGGUCGACCUGGUCACACUGAGGUCAAGACUGGCAAUCAUUCCUCAGGACCCAGUGCUGUUUACAGGGACAGUGAGGUUUAACCUUGACCCAAACAAUACAAGGUCUGAUGAGAGACUGUGGUCAGCCUUAGAAGCUGUGCAGAUGAAAGAUGUGGUCACAGCCUUACCUGAGCAGCUGGAAUCAGAAGUUGUCGAAGGAGGGGAUAACUUUAGUGUAGGUCAAAGGCAGCUAAUGUGCAUGGCUCGUGCAUUUUUGCGAGACUCCAAGAUAAUAAUAAUGGAUGAAGCUACAGCGUCCAUUGACUUAGACACAGAUGCCAAAAUCCAGAGUAUUAUUCAUCAAGCAAUACAGCAGCAGAAAACAGUAAUAACUAUUGCUCACCGGCUCUCCACUAUAAUGAACUACGACAAAGUCAUGGUGCUAGAAUACGGGGAGCUGAAAGAAUUUGACUCCCCGAGUGAGCUAGCAUCAGACGAGAUGAGCAUAUUCUACAGCUUGCUGCAUGGGAUGACAGACUCCAACACCAAGUAACACUGCUGUACCAUCCAUCACCUCCACUUGCUGAACAACCUUCUACAGUGCUGGUAGCUUGUUAUUUCAAUCAUACAACUUUUGUAAUCAGCUCAAGACCGUUACAUGUUUUUGUAUAGUAUUUUAUCAAACAAUGAAUAGUGUAAACGUUUGUUUUCAAAGAAUGUUUUAUUCCAUGUUUUGUCUUAUGACAUUGCUCAUUGUUCUUUAUACUGCAUGUCUUAGGGUUACGCUGUGACUCAAAUUGCAUUGUAGAUACCAAUUUAUAAACUUAAAAUGAUACAAUUAUAUACAUAAUCGUUAUCCUAACACUAAUUCACCAUUAAAGUUUCCAUUACUGUUAUUCAUCACAACAAAUAUUUGGUUAGUAUUAUAAGUAAUCUUAUAUAGAUUUGUACAUAAUAUUUC